AUGACGGACUACUGCCCUGUUUACGCGCCCUUCUUCGGCUCCAUGGGCUGCACCGCAGCCAUCGUCUUCACCUGCCUGGGUGCCUCGUACGGCACAGCAAAGUCGGGUGUGGGCAUCGCUGCUAUGGGUGUUCUCCGGCCUGAUCUCAUCGUCAGGAACAUUGUCCCCGUUAUUAUGGCUGGUAUCAUUGGCAUCUACGGUCUCGUCGUCUCCGUCCUGAUAUCCGACGGGCUCAAACAGGAUGGCUACGCUCUCUACACUGGUUUCAUCCACCUCGGCGCCGGUCUUGCCGUCGGUCUUGCGGGUUUGGCUGCAGGUUUCGCCAUCGGCAUUGUCGGUGAUGCUGGCGUCCGCGGCACGGCCCAGCAACCGAGGCUCUUCGUCGGCAUGAUUCUGAUUCUCAUUUUUGCCGAAGUUUUGGGUCUAUACGGUUUGAUUGUCGCUCUGCUCAUGAACUCCAAGGCGGGUUUCGGGGUUUCGUGCUGA